UGAGCCCUGGAUAAAUGCAGCACAUUAUAGAUCCAGUGAAAGACAGGAGCUGUUGACGAGGUGACCUCUGAGUGUAAGUCAGCUUGCUAUAAACAGAAGAGUGUGGAAAGCUAUUGGUCAGCCUGAAACUUGUUUACUAUUCCGACUAUCCUCAUGGUAAACUUAAAUCAACAGUGCUGAACUUCGGAACUCAGCCACAGCUUUAAAAAAGAAGAAAUUGUUCAGAGUAAAUUUUUUUUUAAAAAUACCUUUGGGAAAAUAAUUGCUGUUGAGUUCAGAAACCGCUCCAUAUCUGCAACUUUAAGCUGGUGACCGACUGAGUUACGAACGAAAGGAAGAAAGAAAAAAAGGCAGAUUCAGUAUCUUCGUUGCAGAGGUGAAAGCAAAAUGAAAGUGUCAAAGUUUUAACUGGAGACCUCUUAGGCCUUUCUGGUAAAGAAAACACAGCCGGACUCAGAUGUUACAGAGCCUCAGAACUCCAGGUCUAUGGAAAUGCAGGAAUUAGCAAGUCCGCACAAUCGAGUGAGCAGUAGUGAUACCUCUGCUGGCUCCAAACUGGACAAGGCCAACCUCAGUAGCACUUCAAUCAUAUCAAAUGGAACAGCGGGAGACACCUCCAUGACUAUAUUAAACACAGCAGACUGGUUGCUGGGUUGCAGUACCCCCUCCUCUGCAUCAAGUAUGACAGAUUAUGUGUCUCUUCUUGCAGUCAAAACAGAGCCAAUGAACAGCAGUGACACUGCCACAACAACAGGAGAUGGAUCACUUGACAGUUACACUGGGUCAGUAAUAACCAGUAGUGGCUACAGUCCAAGAGGAAUACACCAAUAUUCACCACAGCUUUAUCCUUCCAAGCCAUACCCACACAUUCUUUCCACACCAGCAGCACAGUCAAUGACUGCUUAUGCUGGACAAACACAGUAUUCAGGAAUGCAGCAGCCGGCAGUUUAUACUGCGUAUUCUCAAACAGGCCAGCCCUAUGGACUACCUGCUUAUGGAAUCAAAACAGAGGGAGGACUACCACAAGCACAAUCUGCAUUGCAGACUGGGUGCCUUAGUUACAGCCCAGGGUUUAGCACACCUCAGCCAGGCCAAACACCAUAUUCCUAUCAAAUGCAAGGUUCUAGUUUCACACCAUCAUCGGGCAUUUAUGCAAGCAGCAAUUCAGUCUCCAACUCAACAAACUUCAACAGUUCCCAGCAGGAUUACCCUUCCUACACUGCAUUUGGCCAAAACCAAUAUGCACAGUAUUAUCCAGCCUCAACAUACGGCACAUACAUGACCUCAAAUGAUACUGAUGGCACCUCUUCGUCAUCAACAACAUAUCAGCUGCAGGAACCUCCCACUAUCACAAGUCAACCAGCCACAGAUCUACCUGGAGGGGAGUUUGAUACAGUGCAGAGUCCAUCAACACCAAUCAAAGACAUGGAUGAGCGAACAUGUAGGAGUUCAGGGUCAAAGUCGCGGGGAAGGGGCAGGAAGAACAAUCCAUCACCACCUCCUGACAAUGACUUGGAGCGAGUAUUUGUGUGGGAUCUAGAUGAGACGAUCAUCAUCUUUCAUUCACUGCUCACAGGAUCGUAUGCACAAAAGUUUGGUAAGGAUCCACCGAUGGCUGUGACGCUUGGACUUCGGAUGGAAGAAAUGAUUUUUAAUCUGGCUGACACCCAUUUAUUUUUCAAUGAUCUAGAGGAGUGUGAUCAGGUUCAUAUAGAUGAUGUCUCCUCUGAUGAUAAUGGACAAGACUUAAGUACCUAUAGCUUUGCAACUGACGGCUUUCAUGCAGCUGCCACCAGUGCAAACCUUUGCUUAGCCACUGGUGUACGGGGUGGAGUUGACUGGAUGAGAAAAUUAGCCUUCCGCUACAGACGUGUAAAAGAAUUGUACAACACUUACAAAAACAAUGUAGGAGGACUACUUGGUCCAGCAAAACGAGAUGCCUGGCUUCAGUUAAGGGCUGAGAUCGAAGCCUUGACAGACUCCUGGCUGUCAAAUGCACUUAAAUCACUGUCAAUCAUCAGCUCAAGAAGUAACUGUGUUAAUGUCUUGGUAACUACAACACAACUUGUACCAGCACUUGCCAAAGUCCUGCUGUAUAGCUUAGGUGGCGCUUUCCCUAUUGAAAAUAUUUACAGUGCAACCAAAAUAGGCAAAGAAAGUUGCUUUGAACGAAUUAUGCAAAGGUUUGGCAGAAAAGUAGUGUAUGUUGUUAUUGGGGAUGGUGUAGAAGAAGAACAGGCAGCAAAAAAGCACAAUAUGCCUUUCUGGAGGAUAUCAAGCCACUCGGACCUGUUGGCUUUGAAUCAAGCACUGGAACUGGAGUACUUGUAGCUGCGUUGAAAAGCACAGCCAGAGAUCCAAAACCAACAUCUGGAUAGCAACGUUUAGGAAUACAUGAGUUUUUCUUCUGCAUUCUUGCAACAGCUCUGGCUUCCACAUUUGUCUUAAGAAGAAAUGAAGAGAAUUGAUUUGUCAUGUGAGGCUAUUGUGAAAUCAAACUGCUGAACAGUGACUGGUACAUUAAACCUCUGCAUAAGGAACUCUGUUGGUCUUAGGAAAAUAUUGUUCAUUAUAGAUAAAGUGCAAGUUGUGUGUAUUUUACAACUCUUCAAGUGAUAAUACAAUGCCCAGGAUGCUUGAACAGCUUUUACAAUGAACUAGUUCUUUUAUAAAAUAUGAAGCUGCUUCUCCGUAUCCAACAUGAAGUUGUUCAAUGGCACUCCUUGCCUUUGGAUGUUCUCGGUAAUGCAGUGUUUUAGCAAACUUUAGUCUGCUUAUCGAAGCUGAACCUGCAUUAGAAGUGCACUGGGCUAUAUUGACAAUCACGUCUAGACCUGCAGUUUGUGUAACUUAGUUACUGUGAGAGCUUACACUAAGUUAGCAGCUGUAUUUGAAAACUUAAUGCUUUUAUGGGAGAUAGUCACUUUUUUGUAAAGCUUGACAAGGAGAAUAUACAUAAACGAUGUGUUGUGCCUUAAAAGAAAAGACAGUGUUGGUGUGUUACAAUGUAACUUUUGUUCCACAAAUGUGUAGAUAAAUUCUUUUGUGAUAAUUAAUUUUUGAAAUGACCAAAUUUGAAAGAAUCAGAAGUAAAAGAACUCUGUGUUCCGCAAGCAAAGAAAUGUUCCAGACUAUUGGUCUAAAGAGGAAAUUAAAAUUGGAGAGUUUGUGUUUUUACUUGGAAUUUAGUGUUUAAUUGUAAAUUGCAAUCCUUAAUGAUGUUCAGGAGAUUCAUUUUAAUUUAAACUGUGAGGUAAUCUACUCUAGUCAUUAAGAAACAGCUUGCCACUUUUUGAUAUAUGCUAGUCUUUACCAUUUCUGGAAAGUUUCUAAAAUAAUUAUUGGUUUGGGCACUUAUUUGAUUUCAUGCUAGUGUUUAUUUUUGUUUCUAAUCUCAAAACUACAAUGUCCCAGCCUCACUGACAUCAACAUACUGUAUAACUUUCGUUUCACCUCUUCCCCAAUGUAUAAAGGGAUAGCAGGUACAAGGCUGAAAAUAGGUUUAAGGGCUUACUUCAUCUCAAGACUCCCAGUCUUCAUUGGCAGCCUCACACAGCAAUAACUUGACCCAAAGUGAAAAGGUAAAUUCUCAGAUAAUCUAAAUAUUCUCUCCUACUCAAUCAAUAUUGGCUGUUACAAGUGUACGACAAUGCCUCCAAAUUCAUCCUAGUCAUUUGUUCAAAGGACAGAGACCCUAAAGUAACACUGAUGUUAAAGGCCUUUAAACUAAGUUCCUCACAUAGCAUAAAUAUGAUUAUGUAUUACACAGCUUUAUAGCAUAAUGGCAGAAGUUAAAUUAAAUUAAAGAUUAAUUUAAAAUAUGAUGGCUUUUAAUGCAAGGCUCAAAUGCUUGUUGAGAAGCACAUAUUUGUUUUUUAUAUCGUAACACUGCAGUUCAACUUCAACUGCUUUGUUACUCUAAAAUACUAUUUACCAAUUUAUACAAUCUGCCGUGUACCACUGAAAUUAUCCUAUGAUAGUCAGAUCUUCUAAACCAGACACAUAGGUUUAUAUGAUGGUUCUCUUCUAUACAAUAUAAAGCUUUUGAGAAGCAACAAUAUCUUGCUUUUUACACAGCAACCUUCCCCUCCCGCUCCAAAGAAAACAUAAAAAGCAAAGGAAAUUCUGCAGAAGUACAGACUUUUCUGCCAAUAUGCUGUAAGUAAAGGUUCUCCGCUUUAAGUGUGAUUUAGUACAAGGGAUGCUCAGAGGAUGCACAUAACAUUGAUACACCACUCAGAUUUGUUUAACUUGGUUCCUCCAGAUUCUAGCUGAGGGGCUAUAGAAUAAUAAGUAUUAGCCACACAGCAACAUUUAAGUGGUAACAGUAUACUGUUUAUGUUUUUUUUAUUUAUUUUGAUUGUGCUUUUUGAACAUUAAAAUCAACUCUUAUGGAAAUUUUAAACAGUCCUUGGUUUCUUUGUAAUAUAUUUAGUGUGAUUUAUCUUGAAUAUACAUGUAUAGAAACGGUCUUGAUACCUCUGUGUUUCAAAUGAAUAAAACAAACUUAUUUCAUUGAUUAA